AUGUCCAUUUUCCUUGUUAUUGAAACUGUGGAGGACUACAAUAAAUCUUCCUAUUGCAUGUUAUCUGUUUACAUCUUGGGUGAUCCAGAUAGGGCUCUUCGAGGAAUAUACCUCCUCCUUUUCGUCGUCAACUAUCUCAUCCCCUUGGCCAUUAUUUCUUUCCUGUAUACCAUUACUGCAUGGCAUUUAUGGUUCCAUGUUGCACCUGGAGUGAAUACUUUGAAAGGAAAGCGAGCGCAACUCGAAACCUCCAAGAGAAGAGUGGUUCGGAUGCUCAUUAUUGUUACCUGUGCCUUUGCCCUUUGUUGGCUCCCACCACAAGUGGUCCACGUGAUGACAGUCAUUCACACAUCUAAGGCUUACCUACAUAGGGCCAAGUCGCACUAGAGGACAAAACUGUUUAUUUAUGUCAAAAAUCUGUCAUCACAAUGAAAAACCAAGUGCGACCUGUUUGUUCACCAAAGGACAAAAUUUGGUCGCGGGCGGACAAACUUCAAAGAUGCCGUCGACUACCUCUGGAGCAGGCCAAAUUGAGACAAAUUUUGGAAAACAAUAGCGAGGGUGUUUUAAUUCGGAAAUGAUUUGACAGGUGAUAUGUAGCAGAGUCUCUAUGCUAUAGACUUCGCGGCAAAAUUGGUCACGUUCUCAUUUCGCAACAACAUGAAUCCAGGCACGGGCAACCAAUACUUUCCGUAUGAAAUGGGGCAACAAUAUCCUCAAUAUCCACCAGGAUGGAUAUAUCCGUUGCCUAGCACUUACAAUUUUAAUGAUCGAGGAACUGCAAGCCCAUCUCCUUCAACCGCAAGUUCUGGCUCGUUGUCAGAAUCCUUUCCGUUCGUCGAAGACGGCUCAAUGCCGGAAUCAUCCCAAACUUCUUCGCGCCGUACAUCUUCCGAGAACAAGAAGGCCCAGGAACGAUGGACUAAAGAUGAGGAAAAACUGUUAGUCCAACUAUGGGCUGAAAAACACGAUCAGUUGGAAAGCAGAGAGUGCAGGAAAACGUGGGCCUGAAUCGCUGAGAAGAUUUCGAAAGCGCUACAGUCCAACAAGACGGCCGACAAAUGUAUUCGGAAAAUGAAGUACAUCAUAGAAAGAUACAAGAAUGCAAAAGAUUGGAACAAAAACCAAACAGGAGGAAACCUUAGGAAAUCCGUCUACUACGAUGAGGUCGAUAAGAUCCUUGGAUGCCGCGACCUAGUAACCUUCAAUAAUGUAGCCGAAGCGGGGAUCAGCGGCGAAAGUGCCCCCCAAGUCAAAGAAAGGGAAACGAGCUUCGAAACGCAAAGCUUCUGAUAAUGACAGCGACGAAGAGUUCAAGAUGGCUCUAAAGGAUAUGAGGCAGCAGGGGGAGAAAGUUACAGCAUUUAUGGAUUCUUUGCAACAAUCACAGACGCAGCAGCUAGCCAUGAUGAACCAAUUUAUGGGCUCCAUUGUGAAAAUCCUUGGCCAACAGAAUGAGAAAGACAACUGAACUUUAAUUCAAGACUGUUUUGGACUAUUGGGAGACAAUCAUUAUCGACCAUUAUCAAAAGACAUGUUAUUGUUUAUGUUGCGAAUCGAUCAAACGAAAUUAUGGAAACAAAUGAAUGUACUGCUUGAACUGAUUUCUUGUUGUAAAUGCAAAAAUUAUCUUUAUCACACACUUCUCUUUAAAAAGGGAUUUGAAGAAUCAUAGACUGUUUUUUAGCAACUCUCUUAUAUCUUCCCCGUCCUGCAUUAAGUCAUCGUUCUGUUCGUUUCCGUGGUCAUCAUCGUCAUCGUAAAAAUCAUCCUCCCAUUCGUCCCCAAUUUUAAUGCAAAAGUUAUGCAGCACUGCACAAGCAAUGGCAAUCUUCACAGAAAAAGUUAUUCUGCUAUCCAACCGCUUUUGUAGAAUUCGCCAACGACUUUUGAGGCAGCCAAAAGCGCACUCGAUGGUUACUCGUGCAGACGACAGUUCCUUGUUAAAUGUUAUCUCGCCAGGGUCACGCGUCGCUUCAGGAUAAGGCUUCAUAAGCCAGGGGGAAAUCGGGUAUGCGCUGUCUCCUACCAGGUAAGGCUGAAUAUCUGUGAUGCCGAUUCUUUCAACGGGUUCCUUGAGUAUAUCUCCGUUGCUUGCUCUUAGAUAAAGCGAGCUGUUUCGAUAUACCCUAGCGUCGUGGAUACUUCCCGGAUAACCCGCUGCAAAGUCAAGAAAUAAUCCCUUACCGUCAGCAACGGCCUGAAUAAUGAAACCAUGUUGCUGAUUUCGACUAAAAUAAUCAACAGCACUGUCUCUAGGAGCAACUAUUUUGAUAUGAGUGCCAUCUAUGGCCCCAACAAUGUUUGGAAGUCGUGAUUUGUCCGUAAAUGUCUCUAUACACCUCAUUGUCUCGGCCACUGUUGUUGGGAAUUCGAUGUACUCAUUCCUUAAGUCAUAAAGAGCCUCAACCACGUCUUGACAAGCCUCUAUUGCUGUAGUUCUGCCGACGUUUAGCGCAGGUCCUAUUGUUUCGUAUGAAUUUCCGUGUGCAAGGCGAAGCAAACCACAAGCAAGGACCUUUUCAGGAGUGAGGCAAUUUCGCAGAACUGUAUUCUGUCUCGUCAGCCGGUCACCAAUUACCUUGAGCAACAAAUCAAAGCUUUCUCUGUUCAUUCGUAAGAGCCUUCGAAAGUAGUCCCCAGGUAUUGUUCGAUCAGUAUAAUGGAUCUCGAACCACGAUUCGACUGGACGAGGAAGAGUCCAAUAGUAUGGUGCUCGUCUUCGAUAACGAUUUCGUUGUCGGCGAAUACAUCGUGUCACUAGAAUGUUUUGUGCACGUAAAUUCUGCAUUAAUAACAGACAACAUAUCAUUAAAUUGAUAUUGAUAUUUGCUUGCUGAUGAAGAACCAGAAAAUAGAAGAAAAAUAUUAUUGCUAGAAUUCUUCGUGGAAACAUUUUGAGAUCCCUCGUGUCGCGGUUUGUGGAUUGAAACAGCGGGUAAAGGCUGCUUCGCGGGAAAUUGCGUGACGCUCACAGCAUGGUGUGAUGUUUUGUUCACAGAUUUUGUUCUCAAGUGCGACUGUCGCUUUCCGGACAAAUUUUUUGUCACUGGCCGAUUUCAAGUCAGAUUUGUCCUGGACAAAUCUGAAAUUGUCCUCUAGUGCGACUUGGCCCAUAUACAGCCGAUUGUCAGCUUUGUGUGUUUCUGA